AUGGCAGAGGGAUCUGAAUUUGACCUGAACUACAUUACAGAGCGCAUCAUUGCUGUAACCUUCAACCAGUCAUGCACAGAGCAGACCUACCAGCACAACCUGUGCAGUAUCAUGCACAUGCUGCAGUCCAGACAUGCUGAUCAAUACAUGGUCAUCAACUUAUCCGAACCCAGGGAUGACCUCAGCAGGAUGAAUCCCAGGAUAAAGUUAAGCCAUGUGGUGGAUUUGGUCUGACCAGAACAGCACGCUCCAUCCCUUCAUCUGCUGUGUUCAGUGUGUGAAAGCAUGGACAACUGGCUCAGCGCACACCCUGAACAUGUGCUGUUGCUACACUGCAAAGGCAGCAAAGACAGGGUGGGUAUUAUAAUAUCCUCGUACAUCCAGCUAUCUGAUGUUUUUAGCAGUGAGGAGCAGGCAUUGGAUUUGUACUCCAUGAAGAAGUUCUGCAGUGAUAAAAUGGCUAACCCUAUGACUCCAUCACAGAAAAGCUCAUGUGUUGAUGUUCCCACAUUACUGUGCGGUGCUUUCCAUUCACUUCAGUCUACAUUAUUUGUUCUUUUCUCCAUUCAAGAUCCAAGAUUUCUGGAGUACGGUGUGGUAGAGGUGCUGUUUUCCAGGAUUGUGGAGAGAGAUCCAUCCCUUACUUCAGCCCAGCCACACGAAGGCACCCACUCUCUGAGAAGUGACUCUGGACUCUCAAGCUCCUCCCAGUGGACUGGAGGAUUAGUCUCUGGGCUCCAAGUCAGCUACAGCUGCGAGGAGCAGCCCCAGCUCCAGAAAGCUAUCCCUGGAUUCAGAAUGGAGGAGGAAAAACCUUCUUUAUGCAUCACAAGGCGUGACCCUAUAGCUGCAAAUAGUGCAGAUGCUGUAUUUGAUAACUCUUAUCACUUAAAUGGUGAAACUGGGUUCAUAGAGCACAAAACGGACAUUAUAAAUGAUGAUGAUGAUAUCCCCACCCCUAAUGAUGCCACUGCUGCUCUUUCAGACUCUAAAGAGACACUAUCUUCAAGGGAAAUGUCUGAUUUGCCUUCACUUAGAGGUGAACAAAGAUGUCAGAACUCCGUCCAAUCAGAUGUUGGUCGAGGGGUGAAUUCCUCAAACAUGCUCACACACACACCAGUAUCUACUGGAUAUCAGACACAUAUAUGGGUGACACAGCUGCAGUCAGUAUCGCCUAAUUCUUACACGCACACUCCAUCAGACAGACUGGAACAAAGGGAGGAGAUGGAGCUCCGCAAGGGUGCAAGCAAACCAUUAUUACCUGACAAUGGCUUUCCCGGGGUGCAGUUAGAGACAGAAAAGGAUGAUGAGUUUGCUAUUCUUGCUUUGGACAUAGAUCAGUCAAUUGAACAGCUAAAUCAGCUUAUCCUGGACCUCGAUCCAGAGUUUGAGCCAGUCCCCACACAGACAAGGGGCCAAAUGACCCAUUCAGCCUCCCUGCACACCAAUGGAAAGAUGUACUCAGGUGGAAGGUCCAAAGCCCAUCAAUCAGGUUGGAGGCAACAACAGUUCAGUGAUGUCUCCGAAUACUCUGUACUACGGAGUGCAGGUAGUGAUCUAACCCAGAACAUCCAGAACUUUGCCAUCGCCAUGCCAUCUCAGCAAAGUCUAUAUUACACUGACAGUGUUGACUUUGGUGACCUCACUCCAGAGGCUGACAGUCCUUUGUGGGCGGGCCUUAACCAAGUUCCACCCACACCAGCAUUUCCUGUGUCACCCCCCACUUUAUAUGUGAAGUGUGCACACGACUUCAUUCCUUCAAGAACUGACUCUCAAACUAGAAGACACUACAUGUCAUUUCCAACAUGGCAAGAGUCGCGAGGAUACGUGGACAGCUUGAUGCACACGUCCAUGUCAUCAGACGGAGAGAUCUUCCACUCAGAUAUCACAGGAAAUCUGGCUUCCUGUCAGAAGAUGUUUGGAUCCAUGCACUCAAUCUCCACCCCAAGCCCAUUGGUCAAUACAGGCAGCCCCACUCCAGCUCAUUCCUGGUUAGAGGGCAGCUCCAGCACCCCCCUGAGUCACUACACCCCCCAGCCCUCCCCACCCCUCACCCUGUCUGCCCCAAACUCCCACAGCUCCCCGCAGGGGGCUCCCCGGAGCCUGUCGUCUCUGGAUGUCGGGGGACUGGAGAGCAGCCUGCUGGAGGCAGUGGAGGGUCUGGAGGCCUUGGGUCUAGAUGUGGCUCAGCCUCCCCUUCUACCACUGAAGAGGAGAGGAACAGACGGGCCAGAGACAAUGCUCAGUUCCCCAUUCAGCAGGGGUGGAAUCAGUGCAUCUUUUGUCAGUCAUAACGCCUCACCUACUAGAUCUACACCAAGUCCAGAUUUCCUGGCCAGUAAACCUGAAAACGUUAAGUUCGUUCAGGAUACAACAAAGUUCUGGUACAAACCGGACAUUUCCAGAGAGCAAGCGAUUGCCAUUCUCAAAGACAAAGAGCCAGGCUCCUUCAUCAUCAGAGACAGUCACUCAUUCAGAGGAGCUUAUGGAUUGGCCAUGAAGGUGGCCACGCCCCCACCCUCUGUUCUACAGCAAAGCAGAAAAACGGGGGACCUGUCCAAUGAGCUUGUGCGACACUUCCUGAUCGAAUGCACACCGAAAGGUGUGCGGUUAAAAGGCUGUCCUAAUGAACCAUAUUUUGGAAGUCUCACAGCUUUGGUGUGCCAACAUUCAAUCACACCAUUGGCGUUACCCUGCAGACUCAUCAUCCCGAGCAGAGACCCUCUAGAGGAGCUGAAUGAAUCUCAAACACAGACUUCUACAAACUCUGCAGCAGAGCUACUGAAACAGGGAGCAGCGUGUAACGUGUGGUUCCUGGGCAGUGUGGAGCUGGAGUCUUUGACAGGAGUUCAGGGUGUUCAAAAGGCCACGACUGUGAUCUUCAGUAUGGAUCCACCACCCACAUCCACUGUUGUUCACUUUAAAGUGUCCGCACAGGGAAUUACGCUCACAGACAACCAGAGGAAGUUGUUCUUUAGGAGACACUAUGCCAUCAACACUGUGAUAUUCUGUGCCCUGGAUCCUCAGGACAGGAAGUGGAUGCGAGACGGCUGCACAGCUGCAAAGAUUUUUGGCUUCAUCGCAAGGAAAAGUGGAAGCAGCACAGAAAAUGUGUGUCACUUGUUUGCCGAACACGACCCUGAACAGCCCGCCAGUGCCAUUGUAAACUUUGUCUCCAAGGUGAUGAUUGGCUCUCAGAAGAAAUAGAAAAAAUGGACACUCCUUUUUACAUGCAGAGACUCCUGCAGAACUGCUGUCACUAUAAAAAAGCCAUGGAAGCUGUCAUGGUGUCAAAUCACAAGCAGGCAAACAAACAAAGGAGACUGCUGUGUUCUGACACAUUCUCAGCAUCAAAUGUGGAGGCCCAAAGCACACAGUAAGGUGUCAUACCAGUUCCUUCAGUGAUUUUACUUGCUAAUGGAAUUUGAUCAGUGAUUUUGAUCAGACAGUAAACAUCGGUAUGAUCAUGGAUGAAACUUUAUCUUGUUACGCAUCCUCCCUGUUUUUGCAAAAGACACAUUCCAAAGAUUUCAUGUCCUAAUAUUGCAUCACAUAGAACGUCCAGUAGGGGGAGCCACAUUUCUAUUAUUCUUUCACUUCCUUAAACGAGUCAGUCAUUAUUUUUCCAAUUAUAUUUCAUAUUGCUAGUGGCACAGACAUGAAACACUUCACACUAGGGGGAAAACAUUUAAUGGGAUUUUAAAUUCAAAAAAAUAUUUCUACAGUUUCAUUUCCAGUUUUUCUGAUGUCCAUGUUCAUUUUUCUUUCCAUCUGAACAAGCUGAUCUCUUAAAAUGUGUCCAAAAACGAUGGAGGUGUAACUGCAGAUUAUUUUCUUUGUUGUGUCUCGGCACAUAUCCAUAUGUUGAUCAAAGAGCUCAAUGUUUUUCUAUUAAUUGACAAUUUUAAUUUCUUUGAUUUUAUAUAUAAAUGUGUACAUUAUCAGAUAUCCCUUUUAACAUUUUUACAGUUACAAAUAUUUAGUACAUUUUUUGUCUAUCUGUGUAUUUCUUUGUUUAUAAGGGGUGAGCUAACAUUUACAGUCAAUAAGUGGUUGCCUUUAAAAAGCAUAUUGACUGACCUUGUUUAUAUAUUUGGAAAUAUUUAUCAUAUAACUCAUAUUCUGUGUAUAGCCUGCUCAUCUUUUACACAUAUACAUGGCAUGAGUGUUCAGUUAAUGAAUAACACUCUUUAAAAAGUCUUCUUAUUUGAUUAAUCACAUUAUGUGAGGUGUGCAACAUGACAUUAAAUGGGCAAUGCCUCUUAAAAUUCACUGAUUUAACCCUAACAGAUUCUUUUAAAGAACAAGUGUUUAAAUACUUUUCAUAAGGUGGAAGUGAAAAGUUUCACAUGGGACUCAUCUGAAGCAGACAUAAAUAUGUAAACUGUGCAUUUGCCAGACUUUACAAAGCAAGGACCACAUUCUGGAAAAGCUGUUCUGUGGCGGGACAUGCUUUCUAUCACAGUUCUUGUCCUGCUUAACUAUUUUGGUUUAUUUGUAAAUUAAUGUUUUAUUUACUGUAAUAUACAUGCACAGAUUACAAUAAAGAAAAUGUAUGGUACUAAAUAUUUGUCAUGAAAUGACGUCAUCAUGAGCUGCCAUUGGCAUGCCAGUAUUUUGAGCUGCACUUUAAGGCCAAAAACAUUCAACGAAAGUAUGCAAAUGCAGAUGCAAAAGCUCGGCCAGUGCAUCACAAGUACAUUCUGAAUGUGUUAUUGCAUAAUUGUGGUGGU